GGCUACUCAUCAACAAACUCACACUGGAAACUUCCUCUAAACUCUCUCACUGGCAGGUGUAUUCAGUCUUCAUUCUCAGCUGAUGAAAACAUGCUAACAAAAUUUGUGUUCUACAACUGAUUCAACGGGAUCAAUGGGGAGCUUACCCAGCAAAAGGGGAUAUUCAUCGAUUCAGACGACUCUAACCAACUCUCAAGCAAAUCUUGCUGUGGCGGACAAGUGCAUAUUUGUGGCUUUGUACAAUUUUCCAGCCGGUGGUCAAACCGAUUUAAGCGUUCGACUCGGGGAGAAGCUAAACGUUCUAUCAGAGGAUGGAGACUGGUGGAAAGUGAUGUCUGUUACAACUGGAAGAGAAUGUUACAUGCCUAGGGAUUACAUUGCUAAAGUAUAUAACAGGUGGCUGUUCAAAGGUAUCAAUCGGGAAAAAGCAGAAGAGUUGCUGUUGAUGAGCAGCAACCGAACUGGUUCCUUCUUGAUUCGUGAAAGUGAAACUAGAAGAGGGUGUUACAGUCUGUCAGUUCGAAGAUCCAACCAAGUUACUCGGGAUGCCAUCAAACAUUAUCGUAUCAAUCAUUUAGAGAAUGGGUGGCUGUAUAUAUCUCCUCGCCUAACUUUCGCCACACUCCAGGACAUAGUGGACUACUAUUCUGAAAUUUCAGAUGGUAUUUGCUGUGUCUUGAAGGACCCAUGCAUCAUCCAAGGCUUCGUCCCUCCAGUAGCUCCGCACUGUCAGCCAGUCAUGGUAAGGAAGCCAACGCUCAACUGGAGAGAGCUAGAUAGCUCUGCAUUAUUUACUGAAGACAGCAACCUGAAUGAGGAUUGUCCGCUCAGCUUAGGCCUCAGAGAAGCGGUCAGCUCAUACAUGUUCAUGACAGACGACAAGGACUCAAAGGCGACAGCUCUGGAGAGGAAACAUCUGUGGAAACCAUAGAGAAUAUCUUCCCC